GCCCGCCGCAAAUCAACGGACCGGAGCGCUGCAGUAAAAGUUGGGGCCUCAUAGAUAGCUCAGCAAAAAAAGCUGUCCACUUAGGUGACCAAUCUCCAAAAUUCCCUCGACAGCUUCUCAUCGUGCCGCAAUUUCUCUUCCACAACGCUCACCUCUUGUCGACGGCCGGUGUCCAUCUCAUUCGGGAUUGCCAAUCCCAUCUUUAAUCUUCUUUUUUUUUCACGUUGGCCUAGUUUUUCUACCUUUCUUUCUCUGUCUUGACACCAAAUUCCUCUUCCCAACAAAAGAAAAAAGAAAAAAGAAAACAGGACCACAGCCUCCAUCCUUCCAUCAGCCAUGUCCCGACUCCUCCGUCCCGCAGCUCGCCUGGCAGCAUCUUCGAGGGCUGCUGCCCUGAGACCUUCCGCUGCCUCCCAUCUUACUCCCCUGUCGAAAUUUGCCGCCCGGCCAGUCGCUUCCGCCAUCCAGUCGAGGACGUAUUCGGACGCGAAGGGCACCAAAGAAUACACCGUUCGAGACGCUCUGAACGAGGCUUUGGCGGAGGAGCUCGAAGCGAAUGAUAAGGUGUUUCUUCUUGGAGAGGAGGUCGCCCAGUACAAUGGCGCGUACAAGGUUACCAAGGGACUGCUCGAUCGCUUUGGCGAGAGGAGGAUCAUCGACACUCCGAUCACGGAGCAGGGUUUCUGCGGUCUGGCCAUCGGUGCUGCGCUCAGCGGCCUUCACCCUGUGUGCGAGUUCAUGACCUGGAACUUUGCCAUGCAGGCCAUCGAUCAGAUCGUCAACUCUGCGGCCAAGACCCUCUACAUGUCUGGCGGUAUCCAGCCCUGCAACAUCACCUUCCGCGGCCCCAACGGUUUCGCCGCCGGUGUCGCCGCCCAGCACUCCCAAGACUACUCGGCGUGGUACGGCAGCAUUCCCGGUCUCAAGGUCGUCUCGCCCUGGAGCGCCGAGGAUGCCAAGGGUCUUCUCAAGGCCGCCAUCCGCGAUCCCAACCCGGUCGUCGUCCUGGAGAACGAGCUCAUGUACGGCCAGUCUUUCCCCAUGUCCGAGGCUGCCCAGAAGGAUGACUUCGUCCUUCCUUUCGGCAAGGCCAAGAUUGAGCGCGUCGGCAAGGACAUCACCAUCGUGUCGCUGUCUCGCUGCGUGGGCCAGUCCCUGGUGGCCGCCGAGAACCUGAAGAAGAACUACGGCAUUGAGGCCGAAGUCAUCAACCUUCGAUCCGUCAAGCCUCUCGACGUCGAGACCAUCGUCCAGUCGGUCAAGAAGACCCACCACCUGGUGUGCGUCGAGUCCGGCUUCCCGGCCUUCGGCGUUGGUGCCGAGAUUCUUGCCCUGACCAUGGAAUACGCUUUCGACUACCUCGAUUCCCCCGCCCAGCGCAUCACUGGUGCUGAGGUGCCUACUCCCUACGCCCAGAAGCUCGAGGAGAUGAGCUUCCCUUCGGAGCCUCUGAUCGAGAGCUAUAUUGCCAAGAUGCUCCGCGUCUAAGCGUGGGUCAGAAAUCAUUUUUGGGGCGGAAAGGGGAGACGUGUGGUUGGAGACUUGCGACUGGGAGUGCACAAUGGGGAUGUUCGAUACUGUUACUGGGCCGUAAGCGCCUUGUCUGAGCAGGACGGAAUUGUAUUUUGUAUGCUACGUCGCCAUAUACACACUCAUGCCGUUGGCUUCAUGUCUGGGUGUUCUUGAUUUCUUCGAGUUGGGCGUAGUUGAAAGUCAGCUUUACGGGGACGGGACAGAACCGCCACUGAUGGGGCCGUCUUUUGGACUUUAUAUUUUAGAACAUCUUUACCUGCAACAACAAAGUACGCGCCGUUUUGUUCUUCGACAUCCGUCGUCAGUAUCUUCGCCAGUCGCCUGUCACCUCUACAAAGAAAAGC